AUGGAUAACCAGCGAGGGCAGUACAACAUUCCUCCACCACCGCCGCUCAACCAGAACCCGGCGAAUCUGUCUCACCUACCUCCGCCGCCGCCGCGCUUCAAUCAACAACAGAGUUCCUCCACCCUUCCUCCGCCGCCUCCCGGGCCGCAUCCGUCGUCACUUCCUCCCGGCACCGUCUAUGGCCUGAAUUGGGGCCAGCAAGGUUGGGCUCGCCCCGGCCAGACGCUUCCUCCACCUCCGCCGCUGAGUCAAAAUGCAUCAUACAAUGCCAGUAGACAGCCUGGAAUGAAUAUACCUCCCCCGCCUCCGCAAUAUAAUGAUAAGCCCGUCUUGUCAGCAACAUUCAUACCCACCGGCGACUCAUUUGGACCUGGCGUCGGCAUCCCACCCUUGGACGACUUCUCGACCUUCUCGCGCUACGACCAACCUUUCACAGCUGAGCCUUCUCGCAAUUCAGGCGAACCGCGGUACUCGGAUGGCACGUAUAACCCGCACAGCUACAGCUACCCGAAUCCAUCCCAGCCCAACCCCGACAUUGCGAACCGAGAGAAUCGCGCCGCUUCCGCUUCCUCCAAGGCGCCACCAGUGUAUCCAAACGCGAAGCGCGACUUCUCUGAACCGGUCUCCCCUGGUCCCCCAACGGCCACUCUGAUCAACCCCCAAUUGGAAAAUGCCAAGGAGUCUGGCACGCGAGCACGAGCUCAGAGUGCAGCCGUGUCCUUGAGUGCCACCAGUGCGCUGGCCGCGCAGUGGCCGCUCGACAAAGUGCUAUCUUGGCUGGCUGCCAACAACUUUUCGACUGACUGGCAGGAGACUUUCAGGCAGUUGAAGUUGGAUGGCGCGGAUUUCUUGGACUUGGGCAAAGGCGCCAACGGGCGAGGCAAUCUCGGGAUGAUGCAUUCUAAGGUCUACCCGCAGUUGGCCAGAGUGUGCUCGGGAAACAAAACGGGUAACAAGACUGGUUGGGAUCAGUCCCGGGAGCGCGAGGAGGGUAAAAGACUCAGAAAGCUGAUCUCGAGGCUGGGUGACGAUGGACCUCCAAGCGCCGGUUCAGGCCAUCGCAGACGUGAAUCUGGUGUGCUGGGAAGUGCGUCUACCGAGGGCACUCUUGAAGGGUCGCCCCAUCUCGGACAGAGUGAGUUUGCGACGGCCAGCCCGGUGGGUAUUGGCCCGUUUGGCCCACGAGGCUCGCAAGGCAGAAGCAGCACCCUUCCAGUCAUGCCCAGGGGACCGAGCUCGUCCUCUACGCCUGUCGACAACCGUGGAGAAUACACUCGCAACAUCCUGGGCAACGUUGGUCGUGGCCGCCAUAGCCCGCACCUAUCUGGUGACGGCUCAACUGGACUACCUGCUCCAAAAGUCGAUGCGAGCCCCAGCAGCAGUCCUGGACUUGGACACGCCGUACCAACGAGCUCGGCGGAUGGUCGGCGCCCGCAACAUUCCAAGACCAACAGCACUGAUUCGAUGCAAAAAGCCGCUAACUACCAUAGAGGCAACCUGAAUUUCCCGUCAUCGAGUGUCUCCGACAAUGCAGUUCCCACAGAGCGUUUCUACGAACAGCAGAACCGAAGGGAUGCCCUAGAAUCUCACAGACCUUCUAUGCUUGACACCAGCCGGACCUACAGCAACGAGCAGGUGCCAGUCAGUGCCAAAGAAGGCGGCAAGGGCUUUCUGAGCAAAUUCAUGAGGAAGAACCGCCAUGACCAUGGAAGUGAUGUUGAUCAUCCUCUAGAAUCGCCUACGAGUCCAGGAUUGAGGUCUAUCUUCUCAAAGCCCACCGCGAACAACAGUGAUUCAGCGCUUGCCCAACGGCCCAUGUCAACUACGGCUGUCGAAGGCCACAUCGCCAGCGGUCGCGAGAGAAGGUAUACUAGGACAAACCGGAAGUACAUGCUCGUGACCCCUGAUCGGUGGAAUUACCGCCUCAUCGACGUCACGGCCGUUUCGACUGCAGAAGCGCUAAAGAAACUCAUUUGUGAGGAGCUCGGCCUCCUGGGCGAGACCGUCACGUUUUACUUUACCCUUCCUGGUCAACAAGAGCACGAACACGCCCUGUCGGACGAUGUCAUGAGAAACGCCCUCGGGCGCGCAGAUAACGACGCGGCUAUCAGAAUAUUUGUCGCUUCUGCCGCCUAUCCUGCCUCACCGAGCAACACUAAUGGUCUGUCAAUGUCUUUCUCGCAAAGAGCGUCAGGAGGUGCAACGAUGCUCAAAUCGACUUCCGCCUCCGGUCUGCCGAGUCCGUCUCAUACGUAUCAUCGCACGCCGAGUCCGGACUCUUUGCGAAGGGCGCAGGACGAAUAUCGCAAGCAGACCGAGGCUAAGCAGAGAGCCUACCUUCUGCAACGCAUGGACAGGAAGGAGCAGUCCAAGGGCAAUGUCAUUGACUUUGAUAGCCCUCGUGUCUCGCCGUUUGAGGAGAAGAAGGCUGACGGUCUCAUGCCUGUUCGGAAGCCACCUACCGCGCCGACCGAAUCGAGCACUCUGACGAAAGUCAAUUCUUUGCGCAUGGCUAGAGGAGGAUCUGGUACCAGAAGCUCGUUGGAGGCGCUCAAGCGCAUCUCGGAUCCUAUCGUAGAGGAGCGUGCCAUGAAAGAGGGCAAGCCCUCGUCCGGUGGCGGCAUCGGUGCUGCGUUGGCCAAUGCUGGUAGAGUGGCUGGAUCACCAGCGAUGUUCAAAGGCGACGAUGAGGAGAUUGGGCCAGGCUUUGCUCCGAAGUUCAGGCUACAGCCUGCCCCAAGGCGACAGCAGACGUACGGUCCUUCGCCUGAGAUCAGUCCCGCCACUGAUACAUUCAAACGCCCCACUCUACAGACGAGGAAGUCGUAUGGACCGGACUUCGAGUUUCAGGAGACGAACGUUACAUUCGCUCCGUCGCCACAUCCGACUAUGGGCGAUGGAGAAGACGACGACGACGACUCGGAUGAUGGUCUUUUCGCUAUUCCUUUGACGAACAAGUCCCUCCCUAAAGGAGGCGAGAAGCCAACUCUUACCUUGGACACAGAUCAAACGCGUGCCCACAAGCCAAAAGUUGCCUUUAAGACUCCCAAUUCAUCGGGUGGUGUGUCUCUGGGACGUAAUUCCAAUGAGGGCAGCGCACAUCCAAGUGAAGGUAUGGACCGAAGCUACUCAGACGGAAGCUUCCCCGGCUCCGCGUCGGCGUCGGCAUCCGCCUCGUCACCGGGUGGUGGGCUCGGACGUCGGAACUCGUUCCUUCAUAGUGAUAUCUGGGCCAGCCGUCCGACGGUGGAGAAUGUCGUUGAGAAUCUCGACGAGUUCUUCCCUGGUGUCGAUCUGGAUAAGCCUUUCAUGGAGGAGCCAGGAAAAACUCCGACACCGUCAGAAAAGGAUCCUGGUUCGCUGCGCUCACGCAUGACUUUUGGUACUCAAGGAUUGAACCUUGAGAUGAAACAGCGCAGUGAGUCCGAUACAUUGGGGUCAGACGAGUCUACGCUCAAAGCCAGAGAUCAGACUGCUGUGGCCAGCAUCGCUCAACGUCAAAUGGGCAAAUCUGGUGGACUCUCACGCAUGAAGUCGAUUCGAGAGGUUGCACAGCACCGCAACGUUGACUUGCCCGGGCCUCAGCGCGCACCGUCUGUCGUGCGACCCGGUCCAGCCGUUGAGCAGAAUCAAGCUUCUGGUCUCCAGCGUCGCAAGUCAACGAAACUGUGGGGAGCGAACAUUGUGCAGAUCAAACCCAAGGCCGGGAACCGUCUCAGCACGCUGGAUACGAUCCCGCAGGAGGAGGUCCCCAAGGAGGAUGCGCCGAAGCGGUCCACGACCUUCAAGAUCCUGCGCGGUCAACUUAUCGGCAAGGGGACCUACGGCCGUGUCUACCUCGGCAUGAACGCCACCACCGGCGACUUUUUGGCCGUCAAGCAAGUCGAAGUCAACCAGAAGACGGCGGGCCAAGACAAAGACCGCAUCAAGGAGAUGGUGGCGGCGCUCGACCUGGAGAUCGACACGAUGAAGGAUCUCGAACACCCCAACAUCGUGCAGUACCUGGGCUGCGACCGGCGCGAGUUUUCCAUCUCCAUCUACCUCGAGUACAUCUCGGGCGGGUCGGUGGGCAGCUGUCUGCGCAAACACGGCAAGUUCGAGGAAGGCGUGGUGCGCUCCCUCACGCGGCAGACGCUCGAGGGCCUCGCGUACCUGCACCAAGAGGGGAUCUUGCACCGCGACCUCAAGGCCGACAAUAUCCUGCUGGACACGGACGGGACCUGCAAGAUCUCCGACUUUGGCAUCUCCAAGAAGUCGGAUAAUAUCUACGGCAACGACGUCACCAACAGCAUGCAAGGCUCCGUGUUUUGGAUGGCCCCCGAGGUCGUGAGGUCCAGGGGUUUGGGCUACAGCGCCAAAAUCGACAUCUGGUCCCUCGGCUGCGUCGUGCUCGAGAUGUUUGCCGGGAAGAGGCCGUGGAGUCGCGAGGAGGCGAUUGGCGCGAUCUUCAAGUUGGGGAAUCUGAAUCAGGCGCCACCGAUUCCCGAGGAUGUGCAGCAGACGGCGUCGGUUGAGGGUUUGGCGUUUAUGUAUGCCUGUUUUGAGAUUAAACCGGAAGACCGCCCCACGGCCGCGACGCUGCUGAGGGAAAGCGACUUUUGCGUCCCCGACUUGAACUAUGACUUUAUGAACACGGAGCUGGCGGCCAAGUUGAGGAGUAGUGGGUUGGUGUCGUUGGGUGAGUGA